GAGCCGACGACGCUGGAUGGUGCCACCGCUCAUGCUGGGAGCUCCAACAUAAUUUCCGUUUAAAAAAGAACCUUUGAAUUGGGGAGAGCACAUAUAAAUAUCGCCGUGAAAGCUGCUGUUGUGCGCUUCCUGUUCUUUUUUUCCAUCUCAUUACGCAUCCGUGCUAUUCUCUAUCCUCCUUUUCUUUCUUUCUUUCUUUCUCACAUUAGGUGCUCUAUUAUCGGAACUUGCGGACGGGAAAAAAUCAUGGCACAACAGGCCACCUCAGUCACUCAUGUCGCCGUCAAUGCGAUUCCUAAAGAUGGCAAAGUCUUUCCUCCCGCUUGGAAGACGGAGCACUAUAUCCACCAGCAUCAUCACCAGCAACAGCCACCCAUCGAUGCGUCCACCUUGCAGCAGCAACAGCAACACCAUCAUCAUCAUCAUCAGCAACAAGCCAACUUUUCACCGUACUAUGCAGCCUCGACGGCUGCAGCGGCUGCUGCUGCUGCUGCUGCUGCUGCUGGAACAAACAAUAAUAGCAACAACAACAACAACAAUGCAGGUUUUCGUGUACGCCAGCAUCCUCCUCCACCUUAUCUCCAGCAACACCAGCAGCAGCAAUACCACAUGCCCUCGCAAGCACCUUUACCGCAUCCACAAGGCAAUACACAUUCUGCCCAGUACUACUAUCCUAACUAUUCGCACGGAUAUCUGCAGCCAAACAUGAUGGAACCACAGCCACCACAACAACAACAACAGCAGCAGCCGCAGCCUCAGCCGCAACAACAGCAAUAUAUCAUGAGCCGGCCCGUGCGCAAGCGAAGACGCCCGCCUCAUUCCUAUGCGUCAUUGAUUGCACAGGCCAUCUUAACGUCGCCCGAGCAACGCCUAACGCUUCGGGAAAUAUACGAGUGGAUCCAAACCCGCUAUCCCAACUUGUACGAGGCUAACGAAACCGGUUGGCAGAAUACCAUACGACACAAUCUUUCAUUAAACAGAUGCUUUAUGAAACUUCCGCGGACCCAGCAGGACGGUCAUCGCAACAAGGGCAGCAAAGGCGGCUACUGGGCCGUCGACAUUGAUAAGCUGAGCCAUACAAACUUUGGCCGACAAAUCAUUGACUCGGGUUUUUUGGGCAAUCUGGAAUACUGGCAACAGCAACAAACCUUGGAAGAGCAGCGACAACGGCAUCAACCACGGCCUUCAUACAGCAGCAGCAACAGCGGUAACAGCAGGGACUUUGACCUCGCCACGCAGCAGCAGCAGCAACAACAACAUCCUGUGGACGUGGAUUUCGACUUUGAUAACUUGGUGGCACCGCCUCCGCCUCCUCCCCCAACAACAACAACAACAAACAACGCUAAUGGCGAUGAUCAGCAGGAUGAUGUCGCUAGUGCUGCUGCCACGCGCAUGUACACAGCAGCCGAUGAAAGUGACAGGUCGUUUCUGACACGCAUGAAGCGCCCCUUGUCGGCCCUGUCUUCGUCAUUUAAUACAAACACGACAAAGACGAGCUCGGUCCGAGACUCCAUGUCACCUGGCUCUACCACAUCGAGCAGCAUGAGCACCCCCAUGCUGCCUUCUUCGCAAGCGAAUAAUAGCAGCACUACUACUAUUACUACUAACACGAAUGCGACAGCAAGCAACAACAACAACAACAACAACGCACUUAAAUUCGAUCUUACGCACCAUCAUCCUCAUCCGAGCGAAAACCCUUUGAUGAACCCUUCUCUUAUGCGUGUCAACAACAUCAUCAACUGA